GAAGAGUUAAUCUCCGCUCUCCUGCUGAGUCCCAGUGCUGUCAAGGACACCCAAGUGUGUUCACUCCACGGUAUUAACAUAACAAUGGCCGGUCGUCCCCGGGGGUGACAGAUCACACCGGUUACCUAGCAGCCCUGUUUACCUGUGGUAUGUGCCGCUUCACCUGUGGCAUGCAGAACACACCUGAGCGUGUAAGUGUGACAGCCAUCCUGAUAGUGAGCGCCAGUGCUGCACAGGAAGUUAUGGAAGAUCAUAAUGACAAGACGAUUCGGGCCGGAGUCGUUCUUUUUUCUUGAUAGAAAAACCCCGAAACCUCUGGUGACGCCAUGACUCACAAUGAUUUUGCGGCAGCCAACAUCAGAGCCUCAGUUGCUGUUUAUUGUGGCAGCGUUCCCAAAAUAAAACCAGCGUACAUGUCCCUCCGCAAUGGGAACAUCGACACCAACCUGCAGCUGCUGGGAAACGGAUGGGGAACGUCCGACACAGCCGCCCUUCAGUCCUCGCUGGGCCUGCAGGUGAAGCGAUCCUACAUGUGGGGGGGAGAUGAUCUGCAGCCAGAGAUUUUGGAUCCUGAACGGUAUAAUGAAUCCCUUCCUCUAAAACUGAGCAAAUCUAAUGAGAGGAACCAGAGAGAGGACGAGGUGGACAGUGCGGCCCUGGAGACCUCCCGGCUGAAGGACAAGGUGAAGAGGAGAAUGUCUGAAGGCUUCAGCGCCCGAGGGGCUCCAUCUGAACUCAUAACCUCGCUGAACGCCCCCCUGAAGCCUGCAGUACCCAGGAGCGCCUCCCAGAGGUUACUAAAUGUAACCAAACCCGUACCCCCCAUCCAGAGGAGCCCCACACCUCAUAACAGCGCAGCAGAGGAGAGCGCCACCCAGAGGAGCCGAGAGGAGGACAGAAGAGGAGAAAACACCUCAUAUAUAGAGUCUCUACAAUCUGUGUGCUCCGGUGAGGAGAAGACCCCUAUGUCCCUUGGGGGGCUGUUGAUUCCUCCCAUAAGUAAAUCCUCAGGAGGUGCAGCAGAGCCGAGUCAGUCCGGUGCAGCGCAGAACUUUACUACAGCUCAGCGGAGGAAAUCAUCCCCGACCCCCAGACAAGGAUCUCAUCCGAGAAGCAGUGAUCUGGAAGAUGAGGGCAAAUCCGGACGAUCUGUAGACGCUGAUCAAACAGACAACCGUGCCAUAAACGCUAUGGACGCCGCCAUGGAUCCGAUCCCUAGAAAAACAACCGAACCAUCUGCAGCCAAAGACACUGAUGCCAGACCGCUACCCCAGCUAGUCAACGGAGAAGAGGAAGGGAAGGAGAACAAUACGCGGAUAAUCACAAUAUCAAAGUCUGCACAAGACAAGAUGAGACAAAAACAGCAAGAAAUGGAAAAUUAUAGGAAUGAAAAGAGGAGAAGCCAACAACAGUUGGGGGACAAACUACAAGGGACCACAGCAGAACUGGGGACCAUAACCUCAUUUACUCUGAGUGGGAUCAGCACCGUCCCCCCCAGCUCCGAAAAGAGACGAGGACAGAAUAUCAGUCUGAGUAAGUGGGUGAGCCGCCCGUCCUUACCGAGUAUCCCCACAGUGAAUCCGGACACGGCCAACGCUGAUUUUCGCCACUCAUCAGCGUAUUCUUUACCUGCCACCUUCCUGGACUGUUUUGACUGGGACUCAGAUUCAGAGAAUGGCGGUCCGGGUGCGGGGCCUAUGUCUCAUCCGGAGCAGGGCUUGUUGGAGGCUCUGAAGUGGCUCAAUCACAAAGACUGGGAACAGAAGGAGAAGGGUCUGCUCAGUGUGAGGUGCCUGGCGUCCUGGCAUCCUGAGGUGCUAGUGUGCAGACUUCAUGAUGUCAGUAUAGCGGUUACCAGAGAGGUCAGCAAUCUGAGGUCCAAAGUCUCCCGUCACGCCAUCAAGACCCUGAGCGACCUGUUCAAGGGCCUCCGGAGAAACAUGGACCAAGAAGUGGAAGAGAUCACCCGCGUUCUGCUCCACAAGAUCGGGGACUCCAAUGAUUUCAUCCGUGAGGAGUCAGAUAAGUCUCUUGGAAUCAUGGCGGAAUACGUCAGCCCCUCCAAGGUCCUCUCCGCGCUAAUUGUAGGGGGCGUCAGCCAUAGGAACAGCUCAGUGAGAAAGUGUACGGCAAAACAUCUCCUGGCGGUGGUGGAAAGGCUGGCGGCAGACAAACUCCUGUCAGGGCCUCGGGAGAGCACAGACGCCUUUCUCAGGUCCCUCGUAAAACUGAUGCAGGACGGACAGCAAGACACCAGGUUCUAUGGAAGACGGAUGUUCAGUUUAGUAAUGACUCACCCUAAAUUCGAAGCGCAGAUGGAACGGUUGAUCCCGUCACAUGACCUACGAGACCUAAUCGCCACGGUUAAACAGAAAGAACUGAAUGACAGUGUUUCGGAUGUUCCGUCUGCCAGAAGUCAGCGGCCUCUUCAGAAGAGCGGGGUGACUGUGAGUUCAGGGGUGACGGUUCAGGAUACUGCAGAAUCGGAUCAGAGUUCCAUUAGCCUGAAUCCAUCCAUAGAGAACAAGUCAGAGCCUCAGGAGUCCCCACAACCUCGGCGGCAGCCUGUCCGGGCAGCAGAGGUGACAGAACAACUAAAGGAACUCACCAAACUUCUAACAGCCAAGGAAUACCAGAGCAAAAUGGACGGUGUGACGCUUCUACUGGAGCACUGCAAGAACAAUGUGAAGUUUGUCACUUCCAACAUUACCCCAAUUUUUGACGCAUUUAACCCGAGGAUGCAGGAUGCCAACAAAAAGGUGAAUCAGUAUGCCCUGGAGUCAGCCGCCGCCAUGAUCCCACUCCUCAAGGACAGUCUGCACCACGUCUUAGUCCCUAUGGUGACCGUAAUCACAGACAAUCUGAACUCCAAGCACUCUGGGAUCUACUCGGCUGCAGUGAAAGUUUUGGACACUCUUAUCUCCAGUUUAGAUAAUUUGUGGCUUCUCCAGCCAUUUGCCGGCAGGGUCCGUUUUCUCAGCGGCCGCGCCAUGAAUGAUGUGACCGAGCGACUGUCAGGUCUGGUGUCUUCUGUUUACCCUCGGAAGCCACAAGCCGUGGAGCGCCACGUCUUGCCGGUGCUGUGGUACUUCUUGUCUAACAUCACGGGGAACGGAGUGCUGCCGGGGCGGAACGGGAACUUCAAGGACGUGGUUACGAAACUGACUAGAACUCUGCACAGAGUGAUGGGGCCCAGCCUGGAGGAAUACGCCGCCGGCCAGUCGCAACACGCCGUCAAGAUGCUGUCCGACAUUCUGGGCACCAAGUGAUGGAACUUAUUUAUUUUCCGUGGAUUAUGAGCCUGAAUAGGGAACAGGGGGAGAAGAAGGGAUGGACCUAUCAGAAAUCGGGGAGUGGAUCCCUAAGUGCACUUUUCGAAUCUUCGUCCUCACCAAAGUCAUAAGCCACACCCACCAAUCCACACCAAAAUGCCCACGUAAACUUGGGACACACGGACAUUUUUGCCUAAAGGGGUCCCCAAUGUAAUAAAUAAAUGUAAAUUAAACAUUAUGUAUUUUGUCCCCCAAUAAUCACCCUACAGAUCAAGGAUGUCCGACCUGCAGCCCUACAGCUAUUCUACACUACAAAUCCCAGCAUGCCUGGACAACCAUUGGCUGGGAGUUGUAGUUUUGCAACAGCUGGAGGCACCCAGGUUGGGAAACGCUGCUUUACUCGUACUUAAAGGAGUACUCUGCUGAAAAACUUUUUUUUUUUUUUAAA